AUGUGGAGAACACCACGACAAGUGAGUCCACGAGCAGCGCACAACUUUUUGAGCCUUGAUAAAAUUGAUCGGGCCUUGGAACGUUGGUCAGCCUACACUGGUCACAUGGAACCUCGAGAGAUUGCCGAAAUUCCGGGCAGCACCGACCAGGUGAGUUACAGUCUCUACGGGGACACAUCAUCGCAUGGAUGGGCUAAUCGACGCUUUCCACAGUCCACUUAUAUGGAUGACUUUUCGCCAACUCGAAUGAGCUUUAUGAAACAGCGCAACGAUCAAAGUGAGUAA